AUGUGGCAGGACAUUGAUCUCUUUCGGCAGUUGUUAGUUGCCUUGGACAUUCCUCGCCCAGUCAGCCUCCAGUUCCCGCUGUACCAACGCGGCACUAUGCUGGCUGAAAGCGACGGCCAAACACAACCGUCGAUCGGGACGGGGUGCAUAUUGGGGUGUAUAUUCCGUCGUGUAAACACACGCAACGCAGCAGACAUUUUGCCGUCGUUGUCUUUACAACUGAAUCCACACAUCGUCAGCGCAUUGCGCGUCUUUUGUUCCAGCUCGAUCGAUGUUUCCCGUCAUCCGUUCUGUCCAUCUGUCAUUGCAUUUAAAGCAAAUAUCGCCCAUAAGAAAUGGGCUAUAAUAAGGUGCGCGACGACACAGUUGGCCAGCAUAGAGCAGCAGCGCUCCUUAUGUCUUAUCGUUCUGGAAACGCUUGACAAUAAAUUAGAUUUUGUGCAAAUUCCGUCCGAUCGAUCCACUCAAUGGUGUCCGUCCGCCGUGACGGUGCACAUAAUGGACGUACUCCCUUCCAGAGAAACACCUCGGGCCAAUCACAGGUUCGUGUGAUUUAUAUCACAACAAAGGCGGAGGGGCGGGCAGAAACGAGAGUUCGAAGAUUGGCUACUCUUCAUCCACUAAAUAAGAAAUUGAGCUGCCACUAUUAGUAAUAUUGUGCCCAACCAAAUAUUAAGUAAUGGAUUUCCCGUAAUCUAGAUUGUCCCAUAUACCAGACAGAAUAAAUAAAAAUCAGGUAAUAAAAAAUUGUAUAUAUCAAUUAUGGUAGAUAUGAUGAUAUUUUAUCAAGAAAAUCAAAUAUUACAGCGAUCGAAACUACAUAAUUGACAUAUAUUAAAACAUCACAGUGCUACUAUAUUUACAUUUUACUGAACGAAAACCAUAUUGUGGAGAAAUGAGGGUCAUUUUAUUACCUUCAAAAAAACUCAAAUUCCAUAAUAAAUUAUCAAAUCGAUUAAUCUAAAAUAACAAAAUUAUGUAAAACUUGAAGUAUGAUGGGACCUAAACAUUUUUAUGAAUUUGUAAGGAAGUCCUCAUAGCAUCAGGAAAUAAGAAAGAAAUAAAACUAUAGUUGUUUAGAGAUUUUGAAAUACAGAAAA